GCCUCCUGGCAACAGCGCGCGGCCUGCGCCGGUCUCCCGGCCCUUCCGUGCAAUGGCUGCAGCAAGUCCCAGCGUCUUCCUGCUCAUGGUCACCGGGCAGGUAGAGAGCGCACAGGGUCUGGAGGAGGGGAUCUCACAGAUAGCAUCCAAGAGCCGAGAUGUACGGCGAGCGCUGGUGUGGAACUUCCCCAUCGACGUGACCUUUAAAAGUACCAACCCCUUUGGCUGGCCACAGAUUGUACUCAGUGUCUACGGGCCGGACGUGUUUGGGAAUGAUGUCGUCCGAGGCUAUGGAGCUGUGCAUGUGCCCCUCUCUCCCGGACGGCACAAAAGGACCAUCCCCAUGUUUGUGCCAGAGUCUACAUCCACACUACAGAAGUUCACAAGCUGGUUCAUGGGACGGCGACCGGAGUACACAGACCCCAAGGUGGUGGCCCAGGGUGAAGGCCGGGAAGUGACUCGUGUUCGCUCUCAGGGAUUUGUUACCCUCCUCUUCAAUGUGGUGACCAAGGACAUGAAGAAGCUGGGCUAUGAUACUGGGCCUGUGGACACACAAGGAGUCCUGGGUCCCAGCCUGCCACAGGGCAACCCACAAUAAAAAUCAGCCCUUCUGUCCACCACUAUGGACCAGAUGCCCUACAGCCCACACACAACCAAGGACAUGCCAACCAGGCUGGGAAAUGGGGGAGCUAAAGAUAGUUUUCUAUAAUAAAGUGUCACUUUUUUUUCAGAGGUUCUGGGGCCUUCAUUUCUUGAUUAGCACCUAACAGGAAUAGGCCUGGGGCCCAACAGGAUAUACCCCAGUAGGACGCCAUGGUCAGUGGAAGCCUCUCCAGAAUUGUAAGCAGCUUGCACAGA